UCCCAACAGUCAAUCCAAGAUGGCAGCCUCUAUGCACGUGUGGUCUGUAGGGGUGAUGCAAUGUCGUGAAUGAUCGAGAGAUUUGAGGAAUAUUUGUCACGACUAGUAUAAUGUUUCAUAUUCGUUACACAACUUACAGAAGGCUUACACGGAUCGCAUUGAAGUAUUGGUCCAAUUUCUUAAAAGAAUUCAGCGGCGACAGUCAAAUUAGAACCGUGGGAAUGGCUCGACUCAUCAAGCUCGGAAAUGCAGCCGGUAAAUAUGACAAUCAUCAUGCAGUUUCUGCAGCUGUUGAGAGCCUGCAAGCUGGUCAUGUCAUAGCCGUCCCUACAGACACCAUCUAUGGUGUAGCAGCUUUGGCCCAAUCAACUGCUUCUGUGAAGCAGUUAUACAACAUCAAGGGGAGAAAUGGAAACAACCCUAUUGCGAUCUGUGUUGGAGAUAUUGAAGACUUACAAAAGUGGAGUGAAGUUCCUGUAUCAACCAGUUUACUUUCUGAUCUUCUGCCGGGACCAGUCACAUUGGUGUUCAAGAGGCGACCUGAGCUCAACCCUGAGUUGAACCCUUUCACCAGCUUGGUUGGUAUCCGUAUUCCAGACUAUCCAUUCAUCAGAGAGGUUGCAAGAGCCGUUGGUUCCCCUUUGGCGCUUACCAGUGCCAACAUCAGCGCAACUAGAAGUACACUGGCUGUGCAGGAGUUUGAGGAGUUAUGGCCCAAGCUUGACCUAAUUCUGGACGGAGGUCAACUUGGUGACACUGUGGAAGCCAGGUUAGGUUCCACCGUGGUGAAUCUCUCUAUACCGGGGCAGUUCACCAUCAUCAGACCUGGAAGCGCUCAUAGUAAGACUGUGGACAUCCUGUCAAAGAAACAUGGCCUACUGGAAACAAGAUAGCAGGAAUGCCGCAACAGGAUACACAUAGUCCACCAAAACAAAGAAGUAUUUUCAAGUCAUCAACACAUUAUUUCCAGAGUGACACUUCCAGUAGAGGACCAGUUUUGUAUCUUAAAAGCUUUGUAAAGCCCUCCUUUUGUCAUGUAUUUUAACAAAACUGUACUGCUAAAGUAUUUUUGUAUGUUCCUUUGUGCAACACGAUGGCAAAAUUGUAAUUUAUUUUCCAUUGAGAUGCUACAUCGGGAGUCUUCUGCUAAAGUUACUCGUCAAGCAGAAGCGAACUGAGAACCAGCCACUAGCCAUGUACAUCCUGUGACUUAUUGGCUGGUAACCAGCUUUCUGCACUGCUUCCUAUUGUGCAAUUUGUAAAGGUUUUUUUUUACAAACACUGUUUUGAUAAACAUUUUCUUAGUGUGUUUGUAAAACUGAUCGUUAAGCUAUUCAGUAUUAUUCAAUAUUUUUGGGGUCACAGGGUCAGGUACAGUGCAUUUCAAAAGGAGUAUUAACAUCUACUCUAGCGUAAGAUUUACAACUAUCAAAGAAAAAGUAGCGCACUUAACACAAUAUAUAAUGUGUCUUACAUAAUAAGUUGCGAUAUUAGCAAAACCAAUAAACAGUUGUUUGUCAUUCUUCUGUAUAGAUUUCAUGGCUGAGCCGAAAAGGGUUGAGGUAAAAUGUUAACAGCUUUGCUUUUCUUAGUGGGGUCCAGUUUGUCACAUAAUUUAACAAUUUGUAACAUUUAUUUGGCAUUUCAGUCUGUUUCAAUAUGUCACUUAGAAGAUGGCGUUGGUUUUCUUUUUAGAAAUUACAAGAUUUGUGUAUCUUUUGGUUUGGGGGCUUGUUUUUGUAAAUGUAAUUAAAUGUUUAUGUUCAUUCAUACCUGUGUAAAAUUUAAAAGAAAAUGACAACUAUUAAAUGUAACUUUACAAAAUGAAGGCAUUUUAAUGCCGUCUUUUUAAAGUUGCAAACUUGUUUUGAUCACAAUUUCAACACAUCUUUAAUUAAGGCAGUAGCAAUAAACGCACAACAGGUGAAGCAUUCAUGAA